GCAACCACUGAGCAAAAGAAGCUGAGCCAUGCUGGAUCCAAGCCCUCCCUCUCCGAGAGCAGCGGCCGACUCCCUCAGAUAGCCAUGAACACCUGCAAGUACAAUGGCGGCGUAGUGAAACCACUGGGCAGCCUGGCGUCGUCGCGGCGCAACCUAGCAGAGCUCGACUCCGAGACACAGCCCCUCCAGACGCUGCACAGCUCUGGCCUGGAGGUGGUGGUUUCCAAGGGCAACGGCGAGGACCCCAGUAAGGCGUCCAACGAGAGCUUGGUCAGGGACGGGAACGGUGCUCCCGUGAAGAAGAACAAGGACAUCGGCUAUAGGCUCGGCCACCGGAGGGCGCUCUUUGAGAAGCGAAAGAGACUCAGUGACUACGCGCUCAUCUUCGGGAUGUUUGGGAUUGUCGUCAUGGUGACGGAGACAGAACUGUCCUGGGGAGUUUACGGCAAGGUAAUUAGUGUGGGUGGUCUUUUUGUUUGUUGCCUACCUCCAAUACGCUUGGGUCGUUCCACGUAUAGAGUACGUUUUGGUCCCUUUGAUAUUUUAAGUAUACUGAACAAAAAUAUAAAACGCAACAUGCAACAAUUUCAAUGAUUUUACUGAGUUACAGUUCAUAUUAGGAAAUCAGUCAAUUGAAAUAUAUUAAUUAGGCCCUAAUCUACGAAUUUCACAUGACUGGGCAGGGGCGCAGCCAUGGGUGGGCCUGGGAGGGUAUAGGCCCACCCACAAAAGGGCUUUAUUACAGACAGAAAUACUCCUCAGUUUUAUCAGCUGUCUGGGUGGCUGGUCUCAGACGAUCCCGCAGGUGAAGAAGCCGGAUGUGGAGGUCCUGGGCUGGCAUAGUUACACGUGGUCUGCGUUGUGAAACAUUGAGCAUAUAAUAGUCAAAUCAUAGUGUAAAAGCAGGUGAGCUGUUUCUACUCUUUUUAGCCAUUUUAUGGGGUUUUGUCGUGGAAAACUGAGUGCGUCAAGCGUAACAUAACAUGCCAUAGAUAGAUAGGCUAGAAAUAAACAAAAAUAUGUUUGGGGUGAGGCUUGUAUUCAAUUGCCCCUCCUUGUUGCACACAAAAAGCUUCCAUUCCCCCUGUCACAAGGGGAUUUAUUGCUGAUUUAAGAUGAAACAUCAACCUUGUUACAUUAUUUGGCACUUCAUUGGCACUUAUUAUAGUCUUUUUGUAUUUAACGUCUCGAAAUGGGAAAACAUGUUUUUUAUUAAGUUGAACAUCUUUGUCAGAAUGUAAAAAUUAGGCUACAUUUGUUCUUUUUUUACUUCACUACCCAAAACAUACUCUUUCGGUGGAAUGACCUUCCUAUCCUAUGUUUAGAUAUGCAGUAAUGUUAAACAUGGUGAACACACAGUAAACUUCAUAAAGAUAUGUGUAUUAAAGUAGAAUGAGAAUUCUUGUGAUUAAAAAAGAAACCUGCCUCAACAUUAUAUUCAUGAGGAUGGCCUUUUUGAAUGGUUUGAUUUGGUAUUGGAAUAGACAACUGCUGCAGUAUCAGAGGGCAGAGCUUAGCCAAAGGGCUGUUUUCACUAGGCUGCUGCUGUAAUGAAUACUCAGGGAGAAAAAGGUGUAGAUUCACGCGCAGAGCGUGGCAGGUGUUUAUUACGCCUUCGCAGAAGGCAGGAAUCGUGGUCACCGGCAGGCAAUGGUCAUACACAGGUAGGCAAACAGGCAGGUGAAUCAAAAACUAGGACUGAAGGCUAAAACUGGUUCUCACAAAUGAGCUAGGAAAAGGCUUAGUAGAGUCAAAAUGAACAAUACCUCACAAGGCACAAACAGAAAGAACUGAACUAAAUAAGGAGCUGAUGAGACCAGGUGAGUAACUAACACAGGUGAAAUCAAUGAACAAAAAUGAAAGACAGGGCUACGUUCAAGAACACAAAGAAACAGGGCUACGUUCAAGAACACAAGGUGAACUAAGAAAAUAAAUACAGAACCUUACAGCUGCUGGUAUUCUGAGAAUCUCUUUGAAGCCAGCAGUCAAACAAGAUGCUGCCCAAUCACAAUUGAGAGAGCUACUUCAAAGUGUCUGACCCCUGCAAACAAUAAUGAGUCAUUAGGACGUCCCCGGUUGGUUGCCUAAAGUCGUCAGGACAUUGUGCCAUGGUCCCCUCUAUAGUUCCCGGUUGGUCCCGUGGACGUUCCCGAGGACGUCUUUAGGAUGUUAUUGGGACGUAGUGUCAUGGUCCUCUGGAGGUUUUGUUUAGUUCUCGGUUGGUCCCGGGGACGUCCACAAGGACAUUUUAGGAAGUUCUUGGGACAUUGUGUCACCGGGAACUAGCUGACCAUUACACAACGUCCCAAGAACGUCCCUGGGACAACUAUAAAACUAUAAAAAGAGAACUAUAAAAAGGUCAUCCAGAGAACGUUCCCUUAGGACCAUCACGCAAUGUCCUAAGAACUAGUAAAAUGAAAGCCCUGAGAACCUCCUAAAAAGGUCCUGACAUGGUCCUCAGUGACGUCCUGGGAACUUACAGGGAACUAGACAAAGGUCCCCCAGAGAACAUUCCCUUGGGACCAUCACGCGAUGUGAUAACGUCAUAAUGUUGCGCCAAAACCCUUAACGGACCUAAUGGGAAGGUCAUCGAAUGCCCUCAGGACGUCCCCUGUUUGCUGGGACAUUAUCCCUGACCAGCGCAUGGGAGUGUCAGGACAACCCAACAUGGCGGCAGGCUGCUGUAAUUUCAGGGUCGCAUCGGCCUGGUCAUGACUCCCAGACCUAUCAUUCGCUCUAUCAACCAAUCAGUUUGGAUUUGGGCAGUGCUUUCUGUCCAGAAUUCUUUUCACAGUGCAUUUAGGGAAAGGUUUGGCCCCAAUGUUUACAAGGCUGUACUGUUGGCUAGCGUCACCACAUAGUCAAUGCUACGAGCCAGCAUUGAUUGGCCUAAGUAAUAGCUGUAACAGCUACUGUAUUUUUUUUUACAACUGCAUGAGGUAAAGAUAGAGCAGCAAGGUUUUGGUCAAGUCCAGCCAAUUCCGUAAAUUGAUUUGAAUUGAAUUGAUGAAUCCAAUAUUGCCUAUAGGUGUUUAUAAGGUUUCUACCCUGCAAACAAAAAUAAGUCGUUAGGACGUCCCCAGAACUUCACGAAGUGGUCGCCUGGAGGUUUUGGCUAGUUCCCGGUUUGUCCCGGGGACGUCACCUGAUGGUUGCAAAGAAACCCCCCCCCCCCCCAAAAAAUUAUUUUUUGUUCUACACAGGGCACGGUCACCCUAGCUUCAUUACAAAUCACCCCUUGUCCUACAAUAAGGACCUGAAAAUUGUUUUGUUCUACACAGGGCACGGUCACCCUAGCUUCAUUACAAAUCACCCCUUGUCCUACAAUAAGGACCUGAAAAUUGUUUUUGUUCUACACAGGGCACGGUCACCCUAGCUUCAUUACAAAUCACCCCUUGUCCUACAAUAAGGACCUGAAAAUUGUUUUUGUUCUACACAGGGCACGGUCACCCUAGCUUCAUUACAAAUCACCCCUUGUCCUCCAAUAAGGACCUGAUUGGUGAACCACUGAUCCAGUCACAGCUCUUUGUCUUUGUUUAUACAGGAACUAUUAUUCAACAUUUAAACUCACAAUCUCUUGGUUCACGGCUGCUGUUUUGCGCAGAUAUUGUGUGUGACUGUGUGAGAGCAAAGUCUUGGAUCACUCUCAUCUCAAUAUCUACGGUGCUGCUUGUGGCAACGUCAUUUCGCUGAGCACCUUUAAGAAAAAGUAUUAUAUUUAUCAUAGUGAUAAAGCUGUAACAUUAAAACAGAAAAGUAUGCUCCACCAACAUUCGAGGGUGUCUCAGGGAGAGUUGGGAUAUGCAAAAAACAAGUGUAUUAAUACACACUUGUACAUGUUUAUUAUUAUUAUACUAGUAAAAUGAAAGUCCUGAGAAUGUCCUAAAAAGGUCCUGACAUGGUCCUGACAUGGUCCUCAGUGACGUCCUGAUAAAUUAAAGGGAACUACACAAAGGUCCCCCAGAGAACGUUCCCUUGGGACCAACAUGCGACGUCCUCAUGACCAUCAUGAAACAUCCCCUUGUGAUCAUUGAAUGUCCCAUGGAUAACGUCCUCUCAGAACCAAAUAGGAACCUUUUCGUAGCGUCCCUAAUGGACAUCAAAAUACCUUAUUACGUUAUACUGCGACCAAACCCGGACCUGUACUGAACGUCCUCUUAUGGUCCCUAGGUUAACAUCAUGUUUUAAUGUUCCUAUAACGUUCAUAGAACCAAAACCCUUAAAGGGACCUAAUGGGAACAUCGCCUAAUUUCCUUAGGACGUCCACUCUUUGCUGGGUAUUAACCCAUUUUUUAAGUAAAUUUAGAUUCAUUUUCGGAGUUGACCUGAGUUGAAAUUGAGCUGACCCCAUCCCUGAGCGACAUGGCACUCCUCCCACAUAAGACUUGUUACAAUACAGAUGAGUCAUUUUCUAUCUUGCAUGUCACAUCACAUGGACAUCAAGGUUUUCUGAGCCAUUAAGGGGGGAGGGGGGGGAUGCAUUAAAGGGAGUGAGCUUUGGGACUGAAGAAUCCUUGAACUUCUGGCAGGUGGAUUAAUUGGUUUACUCAAUGUUAUUUCACUGGGGACUUCUCAAAAAUUAUUUCAGACAUUAGAAUGUCUUGAGAGGUGCCAGAGACCUAAGAGCCAAAGCAAUUUAGUUGAUUGCUAAAAAUACAUUCGCUAAUUUGCUCUCUGCCUAUUACCAUGUCUGUUGGCUGCAUGGUCAGUGUAAUGGCUCAUAUUCUAACGCAUUCUUUCUUGACCACACCCCAAGAGAGCAUAUGAAUAUCCAUUUACAACGACUUGGACGUCCGCGGGCCUUGACAACCGAGUAAUGGGCAGCUUUUACAAUCGCUAGUGACGUUUAUGAAUGAUGAUUCCCGUUGUUGUUUUUGUCGCUGUUGUCAGAAUUGUGAUUACAACCCCCCGUCAUUACCAUAACACGUUUUACUCACCACCACUAUUACAGCUGAUUUAUCAAAUUGCUUUUUACCCACAUCGGGAGCUCGAGUAGUGCAGGCCCUCAUUCCAAAGAUCUAUGAUUCCUUUAUAUGCGUUGCAGCUCUAGCAUCCAAACGACUAAUUCAUCACUUGCACCACUCACUGUGGGUCACGUCCUGCUAAUGCUAGGUGAUGCACAACAGAACUGCGCCGUUUCUGCAUCUACUAUUAGAUUGAAAAUACCUCUCUCCCCUCUUAGUGGCGACGUUUAUGAAUUAGUAGUUAGCAUACUGUAGACAGCCAAUGUUUCACCUCUACUUUCUGCCACUGUCAUGUUUUGAGACAACACUUUGUGGUGCUGUUUUUUUUUCUCAGCUCUCUCGUUAGGUUUUACGCUAAUAAUAGGUGGUGUGUUUUCACCAGUUUGUUUUUGCCCGCGCUGUCAGUGUUCCUCUCCCCAGCUGUUUUGCUUAUUUUUCUCUACUAAUACAGUCACUCCAGAGGGAAACCUUUUUGGAAGAUAGAAGUUAGAUGGAUUUAUUUGGUAUUGUUUGCUCCGUCCAACUAGAAAUCUAAAAUCAACAUGCUUUGCCCACCAUUAAGACUGCUUGAGACUGCUUGACUUAGUUGAAGAUUUAUUAGGCAGUUUAUAUGAAUGCUUUUACAUUUACAGUUCUUAGGCAAAGCCCAGGUAUGAUCACUCUUCUGAAAGUCAACAUAGGUUCUACAUGAAUCAUCAAUAAAGAACUAAAUAUAAUAUUAAUAUAUUUUCUAUAUUUAUAUUUGUCGUCAAUAUUACUGUCUCUAAAUUUGUUUUGUUUAUAUCUUUCUCUCUUACUACAGGAAUCGUCGUACUCAUUUGCACUGAAAUGCCUUAUCAGCCUUUCCACUGUUAUAUUGCUUGGUCUUAUAAUAAUGUACCAUGCCCGGGAAAUCCAGGUGAGUCGAAAUAAUGGAACAAUGUUGCAGGAAAUACCAUUUGAUUAUGCCGUCAUUUAUGUGGUGGUGUGGUGAUUGCCCGAAUUGCUCGAAAAUGACGGAUGCAGUAUAGCAUGCAGUGUAAUUGAGUUUGAUUAUCCUACUGUAUUGAGUGUUAUGAUGCCUAUUAUUAAUACAUCGUAAUAUUAUAGUUGAUUUAUACAGGUCAACUUAAUUGGGUAUAUUAGAUAUUUUACCGUCCUAAUUGAGCUGAUUUAUAAUAUGAUAUUUACUGAGAAAUUGUGAGACAACAAUGCAAUGUACUCUCAACAAUGUACUCUCUGGUACUUAUUUUAAGACUAUUUAAAAUAUGAAGAGGGGCAUCUAUUAAAUAUUUAAUGAAGUUUGUAUGGUCUAAAAACCUGGUAUAAAGCUAAGCACUGUGUAACAAUGUGUACCUACACUGCAGUAAGAAACUACUUGCUUAUAUAAUUACCUGGUAAAUACAUGCUUUUAACCCCACAUCUGUUAAGUGUGACCAAUGAGGACUGUAAAAUACAGUACAUGAAGACUGUAAAGUAUAGUAUAUAAAGACUGUAAAAUAUAGUAUAUAAAGACUGUAAAAUAAAGUAUAUAAAGACUGUAAAAGAAAGUAUAUAAAGACUGUAAAAGAAAGUAUAUAAAGACUGUAAAAUAGUGCAUAACUAAGAUAUUUUGUGCUCCUCCGCAGCUGUUCAUGGUGGACAAUGGGGCUGACGACUGGAGGAUAGCCAUGACAUACGAACGCAUCUUCUUCAUCGUGCUGGAGCUGCUGGUGUGCGCCAUCCACCCCAUCCCGGGCCAUUACCGCUUCACGUGGACGGCGCGGAUUGCCUUCACCUACACGCCGUCGACGGCCAACGCCGACGUGGACAUCAUCCUCUCCAUCCCCAUGUUCCUGCGCCUCUACCUGAUCGGCCGUGUCAUGCUGCUGCACAGCAAGCUCUUCACGGACGCCUCGUCGCGCAGCAUUGGCGCCCUCAACAAGAUCAACUUCAACACGCGCUUCGUCAUGAAGACCCUCAUGACCAUCUGCCCCGGCACCGUGCUGCUUGUCUUCAGCAUCUCCUCCUGGAUCAUCGCCGCCUGGACGGUGCGCGUCUGCGAGAGGUAA